CAGUGGCCGAAACCUCGAGAACGUACCGAUGGCGCUGGUCGUGUCCAAGUCGAGCAAGGUCGCCAACAAGGUGAGCCCGGAGCUGCACAAGAUGCUGCAGCCGACAGCCGCGCGCCAAGAGCGCGUGCUCGCGGCCCUCGACAGCCGCAACGCCAACAUCGUGCUCGGGAUCAUGACCAUGUUUACGCUCUUUGCCGACGACAUGCGCGUCGCGGGCUUCACCAAGGCGGCGGACGAGACGUUCUACGUCCUCGAGCUCAUCUGCUUUGUGUGCUUUUCUUUCGAGUGGAUGGGCAACGUCUACGCGCGCCCCGACUAUGUGCACAAGGGCCUCGGCUUUACGUUUUGGAUGGAUCUGAUUGCGACGCUUUCGAUCCUCGCGGACGUGGGCUGGGUCAUGGAGGCACUCACGGGCGGCGCGACCUCGAACAGCGUCGCGUCGCUCCAAGCGAGCCGCGCGUCGCGCGCCGGCACCAAAGCCGGUCGUCUCGUCAAGCUCAUUCGACUCAUUCGCGUCGUACGCAUUUCGCGCAUCUUUCGCACCAAGACCGCCGACACGGCCAAGGUCAUCAAGCUCAACGAGCCGAGCAAGGUCGGCAAGAUCCUCACGGAGCUCACGACGCGCCGCCUCAUCGUGCUCGUGCUCGUCAUGAUCGUGCUCCUUCCGGUGAUUGACCAAACGCUCACGACGACCGACCAGUACCAAACAAGCGCCUUGUACCAAAUGCAUCGCAUGGUCCAGGACUACAACUCGACGGGGCUGGUCACGCUUCCGGAUAUGCAAGCGCUCUUCCACAGCUACGUGCGCAACUGCAACGGCAUCAUUUUGGACAUUGCGAUCUACGGCAUUGACAAGAGCAUCACCAACCAUUGGCUCCAAACCGUUCGGUUCCAGAGCUACUCGGGCACGGCGUGGGUCGCGUCGUCGCCCUUCACGGCUACCGUCAACCCGAUCUCGGGCUGGUCGGCAUCGUACCUCACGACCGACUUUACUGGCUUUCGCGCCGCGGACGUCAGCCCAAUCUCGUACUUUGACUGCGUCGACAACACUGGCACGACGCUGCCCAACGCCACGUGCUUCUCCGCGGUUGUGUUUUACAUUGCCAAGUCGAACGCGUCCGACUCGGAGCUCACGAUCCUCAAGACGUGGAUCGUCAUCUUCCUCUUUGGCGGCAGCAUCUUCUUCUUCACGCGGGAUGCCGACAUGCUCGUGAUUGGCCCCAUCGAGCGCAUGAUGGAGCUCGUGAACCGCUUGGCCAAGAACCCGCUCGGCAACACGGACAUUGAAGAAGACGCGUCACAAGAGUACGAGACGCGCAUGUUGGAAAAGACCAUUUGUAAAAUCGGCCGGCUCCUCCAAGUCGGGUUUGGCUCGGCGGGUACCGAGAUCAUUUCGAAAAACAUGGGCGGGACCGGCGAACUCAACGUCAUGAUUCCAGGCAAGAAGAUUUCGUCCAUCUUUGGCUUUGGCAUCAUCGAGCAUUUCACCGAAACGUGCAGUAUCCUUGAGGAGAGCGUCAUCACGUACAUCAACACGCUCGCCGAUAUCGUGCAUACGGACGCCAAUAUCUACUACGGCGCGGCCAACAAGAACAUUGGCUCGGCGUUCUUGCUCGCGUGGAAAAUCUGUGACGGGUCCCUACCCGGCAUGCGGGACCCGCGCGACGCCGCCUCCAAGCCCAUCAUGAGUGCGUCCGAGAAGGCCGAGAAGCGCGCCGGUAUCGCUGUCCAGCUCUGCGCCUCGGGGUUUGCGCCGCGCGCAAUCACGCCGCAGGAGCUCGUCGACUCGGCGCUCAUGGCCGUGCUCAAAAUGCGCAUCGACAUUCACGCGGCCAACGAACCCGGUGGCAGAUUCGAGCUGUACCUCUCAAACCCGAAACUCCAAGCAAAGUUUGGCGAGCACUUUGGUGUGCACAUGGGCUUUGGGCUCCACAUUGGGUGGGCGAUCGAAGGAGCGAUUGGCUCGAAAUACAAAAUCGACGCGUCGUACCUCUCGCCCAACGUCAACAUGGCCGCGCGUCUCGAGAACGCGACCGGUCAAUUCCAAGUCCCGAUGCUCAUCAGCGAGUGGUUCAUGGACGAGCUCAGUCCGUUUGCCAAGACACACUGCCGCAAGAUCGACCGCGUCACGGUCAAAGGCAGUGAGAUCCCCAUGGAUCUCUGGACCUUUGACAUUGGCAACUACUCGAUCGACUGCGACCCGAUCGUCGACCCCAACGGCGUCCAGAUGCCCCUCGACUAUGAGAAGAACGAUAUUUUGCCGCGGCUCCAAGAAGGCAUUCCGCGCGCGUUCUUUUCGACGUUCAAGGAAGGUAUGCAAGCGUACCUCGACGGCGAUUGGGCCAAGGCCCAUGCGCUGCUGAGUACAGCGUACGAAACGUACCGGGAUGGCCCCACGAACGUGCUCCUGACGAUCCUACGGACAGAGUCGGCCGACCCCAACGGGUAUGCGUGCCCCGCGUGGUGGAAAGGCUUCCGGCCCUUGACGGAAAAGUAGCUUCGGCGUACAUAUGAUAGAGGCAGCGUAAUUUGUGAAUAUACACUCAUACAUCUUGC